CACUCGGCGCGCGCACUCAGUGGAAGGAGGUUAGCGUUCGGUCGUGUCGUCAACAGUCAGACGCUCUGCGUUCGCGCACCCCGGCCUAGCGCCAGCACCGCGGUUUUGGACUGUCUAGAUAAAAAUGAUAUUCCUUUUUUAAAUUUUUCGUUUUGACGUUCGUGUAAAUCGCGCCCUACAAACUUUAUUGUUGCGAGUUCUAAAUAAUCAUUCAAAAUGGUGAGUGGAAAUAAAAGCCCGAGCGAUCCCAUGAAAAUUCCACCGAAAAAUCGUGAAAAGAAAACCAACAAUUACAAAAGAGCAAAUUUUUUUUCGAAAACAUGGUUCAUGUGGAUGAUGCCGACGUUCUGGCGAGGCUACAAGAGGGACCUAUAUGACGCCGAUCUCACGAAACCUAAAGAAAACCAUCAUUCGGAUAAGCUCGGCGAUCGUUUGGAAAAGAAAUGGCUAGAAGAAAUCGCUUUAGCAAGCAAGCAGGGACGAAAACCGUCUCUUCUGCGUGCAAUGACCAAGACAUUCUGGUUGAGUUAUGCUCCUUCCGGUGUCAUGUUCCUGAUACAGGCUCUCAUCCUCAAACCUUUCCAGCCUGUAGCGUUAAGUAUGAUGUUAACCUACUGGGAACCAGGUUCCACUAUGACUUACCAGGAAGCCAUAUACUGCGCAUUAGCCGUCAUCUUCAUGUCACUAAUGAUCGCUUUUCUGAACCAUCACGGCACCUACUCCACUCAACAGUUUGGAAUGAAAGUGCGCAUUGCUGCGUGUUCACUCAUCUACAGAAAGGUAAUGCGGAUGAGCUCCGGUGCCCUAGCCCAGACCACGGCUGGACAAGUGGUAAAUCUUUUGUCGAAUGACGUGAACCGGUUUGACUACGCAUUCAUCUACACUCACUUCAUCUGGCUGCUUCCUCUGCAAGUGGUUUUAGUCUGCUAUCUGAUAUACCUCAAGAUCGGUUAUGCAGCUAUAGUGGGAGUGGUCGGUAUUGUGCUGCAGACUAUACCUGUUCAAUCUUAUAUGAGUAAACUGGCGGCACGAUUGAGAAUGAAGACAGCUGGCAAAACAGAUGAAAGAGUGCGAAUUAUGGACGAAAUUAUUAACGGAAUGCAGGUUAUCAAAAUGUAUGCCUGGGAAAAGCCAUUUGAACAAGUGGUGGCCAUGGCCCGCAAGAAUGAAAUUAGCUGUAUCACGUCUGCUUCCUACCUUCGAGGGGUCUACCUCAGUUUCAUGGUGUUCACAGAGAGAUUGACUUUGUAUACAACUCUGCUUUCAUAUUCAUUAUUCGGUUAUCAAGUUACAGCAGACAUUGCUUUCCCGAUGGCACAAAUGUUCAACAUCCUCCAAGCUUCAUUAUCUAUUGUGUUGCCAAUGAGUCUUUCUAUGUCACUAGAGUCUUAUGUCUCCGUUCUUCGUAUACAAGAUCUUUUAUUAUUGGAUGAACGAGAAGAUCUCCGAAGUGUAGCAGGCGUUGAUAUCGCAAAGCUUGUGGAAAACGUGGAAAAUAAGAAAAUGAAAAACUUACGUGAGUUGGAUCUCUGCCCGAACACAUUCAAAAAAAUUGACGAAGAAGGCAUUUACAAUCCAGGUUUUGACUGCAACGAGAAAGGAUUGAUUGCCACAUCACAACGUGCUAUACCUUUUAAUUCUGACGAUGGCAUCGUCAUCCAAGAUGUAUCUGCCCAAUGGAUAGAAAAUGGACCUGUGAUAUUACGUCAUGUUAAUAUUAAUAUUCCCAAAGGAAAACUAUGCGCAAUCAUUGGUUCAGUUGGAUCUGGGAAAAGCUCAAUUCUACAUUUACUAUUAAAUGAAUUACGUGCGACAAGUGGCCGAAUAUAUCUUUCCGGACCCUUGUCCUAUGCUUGCCAAGAACCCUGGUUGUUCGUCGCUUCUGUUCGGCAGAACAUAUUAUUUGGUUUACCUUACAAUCCUAAAAAAUACAAAGAGGUUGUAAGGGUGUGUGCACUACAAAAAGAUUUCCAACAGUUUCCUCACGGAGACCAAACGCUAGUUGGAGAGAGAGGUGCCUCUUUAUCUGGUGGUCAAAGGGCACGUAUUAAUUUAGCAAGAGCAGUAUAUAGACAAGCGGACAUAUAUCUUUUAGAUGACCCGCUAUCAGCCGUGGACGCACAUGUUGGCCGUCAAUUGUUUGACGAAUGCAUUAACGGAUAUCUACGUCACACAACGCGCAUUCUUGUUACUCAUCAGUUACAUUACCUUAAGGCUGCCGACUAUAUAAUUAUUAUGAAUAACGGAUCAAUAGAAGCUCAAGGCACGUUUAAUGAAUUAAUGUAUUCGGGCAAAGACUUCGCCAAAUUGUUAUCAGCAAGUCAGGAGGACGAUACCAACCCUGAUGUAGAAAAACCUCCCCCGAUGUCCAGAAGAACUUCCGCCAGAUUGUCCACGACAAGACGACCUUCACUCGCUGAAUCAACAACUGGUUGUGAAAUGCCAGUUCAAGAAUUGGAAGAAGAAGAAAGAGAAUCAGGUUCUAUGGGAUGGCAUGUCUAUGGUGCUUAUCUCAGAGCUGGGGGGAAAACUGGUCGCCUGUUGUUUAUGGUCAUCCUUCUGAUAAUCGGCCAACUAUCGGCUACACUAUGUGACUACUGGGUAACAUUCUGGACUAAUGAAGUAACACGUUCAAAAGAACGAGAAACCAACAGCUCAAACAAAGAUUACAAUGCAAUAGAAGCUCCUGAAAACAGCACAUUCAGUUUCACAAGUUACUUCUCGGGAAUUAAACCAGAAUCAAAUUUGAACAUUCAUGCCUACAUCGGUCCAUUGAACACCUCUCAGUAUUUGUACGUGUAUACGACGUUGAUUAUUUGCUGCAUAUUCUUCAUAACAGCCAGAGCCUUCAUGUUCUUCAAAGUUUGCAUGACUGCAUCACGCAACCUCCAUAACGAUAUGUUCCACUCCAUGCUUCGUGGUGUUAUGCGUUUCUUCGAUGCAAAUUCGUCAGGGCGUAUUCUUAAUCGCUUUUCAAAGGAUAUCGGUGCUUUAGAUGAACUACUGCCUCGUUUCCUUUUGGAAUGUAUUCAGAUUUACCUUGUGAUGUUCAGUAUAUUGACAUUAAAUGCUGCUGCGUUGGUCUGGACUCUGCUACCGACAACUAUUAUUCUUCUGUUGUUCUAUGUUAUUCUGCAAAUUUAUUUGAAAUCUGCGCAAUCUAUCAAACGAUUGGAAGGCACUACGAGGAGUCCUGUAUUUUCUCACAUGUCUGCUACGCUUAAUGGCAUAAGCACCAUAAGAUCUUCUGGAGCACAACAAAGGUUGAUCCAAGAAUUUGACAGAUUCCAAGAUAUACACACUUCUACAUGGAGUAGCUAUCUGGCAAGUGGUGUCACUCUCGGUUUUUGGUUGGAUUUCAUAUGCGUUCUCUAUUUGGCCAUCGUCAUUGUUGCUUUCCUCGUUAUUGACAGCAAAACAAUUUUCUCUGGCAAUGUCGGUCUAGCUAUUUCCCAAACGCUGAUUCUUACUGGAAUGCUGCAAUUUGGCGUCCGACAGACUGCCGAAGUUAUUUCUCAAAUGACAAGUGUAGAAAGAAUCCUACAAUAUACCCACAUUGAACGAGAAGCACAAUGGGAAAAAGGAGCUCAAGAGACACCUAAAGGCUGGCCCUCUAGAGGUCAAAUUGAAUUCCGCAAUUGCUUCAUGAAAUAUACGCCAGAAGACUUGCCAAUAUUAAAAAAUCUAAAUCUAGUUCUGGAAAGCGGUUGGAAAGUUGGUAUCGUUGGCAGGACGGGUGCAGGCAAAUCUUCGCUCAUUUCCUCAUUAUUCCGCCUCGCAAUUGUUGAAGGAGAAAUACUUAUUGAUGGAGUUGAUACUGGAAAGUUGGCUCUGCAGGAUUUAAGAUCUAAGAUAUCAAUCAUCCCACAAGAACCAGUUCUAUUUUCGGCGACAAUACGAUACAAUCUGGAUCCAUUUGACUCUUACGAUGACGAACAAUUAUGGAGAGCUCUUGAAGCAGUUGACCUAAAAGCUGCCAUACCAUCACUGGACUUCAAGGUAUCUGAAGGUGGAUCGAACUUCUCGCUGGGUCAACGGCAAUUGGUUUGUCUUGCUCGUGCUAUCCUGCGUGGUAAUCGAAUUCUUGUAUUGGAUGAGGCUACAGCUAAUGUAGAUCCGAAGACGGAUGAGUUUAUACAAAGAACCAUCAGAAAACGAUUCGCUGAUUGUACAGUAUUGACCGUGGCACAUCGACUAAAUACCAUAAUGGAUUCGGAUCGUGUGAUGGUAAUGGACGCAGGACGACUUGUAGAAUUCGAUCACCCGUACAAAUUGUUGAACAAUCCAGAAGGUUACUUCACAAAAAUGGUUAAAGAGACCAGUGAAAAAAUGUCUGCACAGCUUUACCAAAUCGCUAAGAAAACAUUCAUUGACAGCGGCGGUGUAGUAGAAUAGUGCAUUUAGUAAAACUAAUAAUGUUACAUGUAAUUUAAGUGACCUUAAUUAUAAUGAAAACUGCAGUUAGGUACUUAGCAUCAUACACUUAUUUAACCAAACUGCGCUCCAUUAGUUAUAGAAAAUGAAUACUUGUUGCCAUGUCUGUUAGGAAUUAAGCUAGUUUUCUAUAAAUGUUGUUGUAUAGUUUGCUUGAAGGUCAAGAUAGACAUGAAUUAGGCAUAUUAGUCGCUGCUUUGCGUGAUGGGCAGUAAGUGAAGUACGUGUUUUUAAGUAAGGUUACCUGUCGCUCUUGCGACAUUUUGUGAUGAGAUUGUAAAUAGUAAUUAUAGACCCCAAAGUAUUUCCGAUAGAAUUUUUGUUAUAAAAUAUUUUGAAAAUCGUAUUUAAUAUUUAUAUUGUAUCGGUCAUAUAAUAGGUAUUAUUAAUUUUGUAAAUAGAAGUGGCAAAAUUUUAAGCUCGCUUAUUAUUUAUCUGUAUG